AUGACUGUCGCACCCUCCGCUGUUUACGGCGUCCCUCCCGGGCCGGUUGAUCUCCGUAUAGCUACUGGCGGAUCUGGUCAGUCUGGUCUAUUGGAGGCGUUGGCCAAGGCGUUUAUCCAAUUUUGUGUUGACUUCAAAGGAGUCCAGCCUUUCCUUGUUGAAUGGUACAAGUCUGACACAACCUUUUCGAUUGAGAAUCUGGGCAACCAAGUCGCGGACGUUGGUAUCACGUACCAUGCUGUAGCUGAACAAACCGCGUGGGAUGACGGUGUCAUUGAUCGAGUUGCGUAUGCAUGGCGGGAUCAUUGGAUGCUUGUCGGCCCCACGGACAAUCCUGCAGAGCUUCCAGAGAAUGACCAGUCCACUAUCUACUCUCUGUUGACCAGGUUGUUCAGAGCAAUGGAAAAGAUGAAGCAUUCUCCGAGGCCCAUUAAAUUCUUGUCACGGUAUGACAAGUCUGCUGGAAACAUUGUAGAGUCCUUGUUAUGGGCCAGUAUUGGCCAGGUGCCAUGGGCUGACACCCCAAACGCGUGGUAUCAUAUGUCCUCUAAAUUCCCCUUCGAAGCUAUCCAGGAGGCGGCCAAUAAGGGUGAAUACACUAUCACAGACAAGGGAACGUAUUUGGCGGUCGAUGAUGAAACCAGAGAUAAGCUCAGAGUCUUUGCCGAAGGGAAAGAUGACGAAAACGACCCUCUUCUAAACCCAGCUCACGUUUUGGUUGGCAAGCUUGCAAAUAAUAAGGAAAGAGCCAACGAAUUCGUUGAGUGGAUUGGCUUGGAACAUGGUGGCCAGCAGGUCAUCAAGGACUUCCAGAAGAAUGGAAUGGUUCUGUACUCAACUAUCCCAGCCAACGUCGAUCCUCUAGAUCGAACACCACCUACACCAAUGUGA